ACGGUACAGGUUCAUUUCAGUUUCAGAUUUUGAAUUACUUGCGCGGCGUUUCUACGCUUACUGGAAAAAUGCCGGGGUCUAUAGAACUGGGUACGGGAAAGGGAAAAACGGUAGUCCCUCCCAGUAACUUGAAGCAUGAAGCCGGAAAUGGUGACAUGAAUUUAGCCGAAGAGAAACAACAUUAUGUAAAAGAGCGGUGUAGGUCCGAAGAAGCCAACAAUAGUAACUCGGAGAAAAGAUCUUGUUCGUCAACCCCAGAAACAGAAGUCCGAAACCAGUUGCUCAAAUCAGUGAAACAGGAACAGCCUGAAGAAAGCGAAAUGAAGAGUUUCGCUCAAAACACAAUGAAUGAAUUGCUGGGUCUUUACGGCUACGAUCGGCUUGCAGAAAACGAUUUAGGACGAUACCGUUUACAGGCUGGUAUAAGUUCACAAAGAAAUCGUUAUAGCGCAGAUUCUUCCAGUGACGUUUCCCCACAACCAAGUGAUCGAGAGGACAAAUCUCGGCCUUCAGUUUUAAAUCUGAAAACACAUACAGCGUCCCCCCCACCACGCUCCACGAGAGAGUCAGCUUUCUCAUCGUCUAAAAGAGCAAAAGUUUUUGAAACUGGAAUAUCGCUUCCCCGUAACGUGGGUGACCGCUCACAUUCUGGACGCAAGCCCCUAAACACGCCACCGCACCCCAAAAUCUCCCUCGCCUCCCCAAUUCGAGGGUAUGACGAAGAAGUCACGUGCUCGUGGUGCCGAAAACAGGGUCGGUCAUUAUUUACGCUUCAAGAGAACGACGGAACGAAAAGUUUCUGCAGCGAAAAAUGUUUUGCUGCUUGCAGGCGGGCAACUUUUAAAAGAACUCGUGUGUGUGACUGGUGCAAGCAGAUACGGCAUCCGAGGAAGUUUCUAGAAAACACAGGCGGAGAUGGAAGAUUGCAGUUUUGCUCGUCGCAGUGUUUGGAGGGCUACAAGAUGGCCAUCUUCUGCAAGGAAAUACAAAACGGAAAGAGCGAGGAUGAAAAAGAUGACGUUUCAAACACCAGUAGUGGUAGAGGGCUUAUCUCUCCACCGACCGACGACGAGUCCGGACUGGUCGAUCUGCGCAUGCGCAGUCCGUCAAUCAAGAUAAGGCAUGCCCUUCUUACAACGUCUUUGGACAACCCCAACACCAGCAGCAAUCGUACAAAGUCAAUAAGUCCCGACGGUGUGUUCACUCUAGAUCCAAAUCCGAUCCGACCGAAACGCUUCUCUCGCGAUGAUACGUCAUCAGGCGUGACGUCAUCGCCACGCAAUAAUGACGCGGAGAGCAGAAGAUUUUCCUCCACUGAAACUAAUCACAGAAGUCAUUCAAAGGAGUCACACAACAGAUUCCGCCAUAGCGACUCCUCUCUAAGAAAGGCACAGAAAUCAAGAUCCAGCAAUGAUGUAAGACCAGUUGUCCACAAACCGAAAGCUGGGGUUCAGUCACAAAGAACCCAGGCCUCACCCACAUUGAAGAAGACAGUGCGAACAGCAUGGCCUCCUGUGGGAGGAACUCCAAAGCACCUGCCUCCGCUAUCCACAACACACGAGGCUUUAACUAACAUGGGUGUAGGUAAAACCUUGAACCCCAAUCCCUUGCCUGUUCCGUUUUUCGGGGAGCAGUCGCCUAUGAACGUUGCCGCCUUACAAAGCAUGCUUGCGUCUGGAUUGCUACAAAACCAACUACCCCCUAACCCUAAUUUAUACCCCGGUUUAUACCCGGGGUUCCCUUUUAACCCACAAUUACCCAGUUUACCCAAAGAAAAUUCGGAAAAGUUGGACCCGUCCAGCUUCUUUUUGGGGCUUAUGGCCGCUGGGAAUUCUCUUCCGAAUCCAGGGGCAUUGCCGGCAGUGGGUGAACCCCACAAACCCCAGCAAAGUGCUCAAAUAACCCCAAGCUACAGCAAUACACCAGAAGUUUCUAAACCAUCAACUGUUGAAGUUCAACAAAAACCACAACCUAUAACAAACAAUAAUACAUCACCCUUCCCAUACCCAAUGUUGCUGGUGCCAUUCCCGGUUCCUGUUCCAAUACCAAUUCCUAUUCCAAUGCCAAGACCAGAUACCGAAUCCAAAGAUUUAAAUCAAGAAAUUGAAACUACGAAAUCUGACUCACUGAAAGAGUCUGCUACCCAGCCUACAAACCAACCUUCCCAGCCAGCGGGUUUGGAAACAGCCGAAAGAACUCUUUCGCCCAAACCCGAGUCUCAGAAAUCCCCAAGCAACGAGUCAGAACCUUUUGAUUCCUCUGCGAUAGAUCUUUCAACGAGGAAGCGGGAAUCUUCUGAAGAAACUUCUAGAAAGAGAUCGGCAGAUGAUGUUGCAUGUGUUCCUGACCGGCCGAUGGUUGUAGCAAAUAAAAAGCCGAAAAUUCUGGCUUAAACUUCUAAAUUGGUAUAUAGUGCAUGCAGCCAAGCGUUCUGUUUGAAAAAUUCUGUUCGUUUAGUAUUUCACACGACUUCAAAAUCAAGUCAGACCAUAACAACACCUAGCGAACACUGUAAAACGACGACGGAGUACGAGAAUUGCCAGCGUUCCUAGGUUUCGAUACAUUCAAUCAGUUGAUUUUAUUUAUGGAGGUGACCUUCGGUUGGCCAUAUUAUCUACACAAACUUCCCUUUGAAGCAGUUUCUGGUUGAAACCGAAUGCAACCUGAAAUGUCAUGGUGUAUACAACGCGCAAAAAUCUACGUCACGAUAUUAGAUUAUUUUGCACACGCAUUCUGCUGACGUAUGCAUUGCGCAAAGGGAAUCGUACCGAUGCUGAGAUGUUGGCGUCUAACUCAAUUGCUAUAUUGUGCGUUUGAAACUCGACACUGCGUCUCGUUAUAAUAUUCAGCCCUUUUACGAGUAUAGAGUUUUCUCUUCAAGCAGGCCUGGCCGGGUUGAAUCAAAUACCGCAAGCGCCACCGACUUGGGUGGUUUACUGUUUUCGUUUCGCCUGGUUGAAGGCAGACAUGAAAAAGCAUGGGUGGCACACUUACAUGAAACCAACCUUAUCCGACCCCUUUCCACAAAAACGCUUUAAAAUCGGUGUUCUACACACUUUUUAUGCCAUUCGGAAGUCCUUUAAGUAGGGUACCGACUUGCGGGUGCUGUUUUAUGUUUAUUUUUUGUCUUAUCGCCGCCAUCUGUACUUCUCCAAAAGUUUCAAAAUUUAUUAUUUCCCGAAAACUGCUUUGGAUUUUUUUGCUUCAACCGUUACAGUGCUACUUUAUACGUGAUCGAAAUGGCCUACAGUUUGUGUACAUAUAUCACGUUGCUGCGUCCGUUCCCAUGUUUCGUAACCACUGCCCGUCACUGUCGUGUUUGUGACGUCACUGUCGUGCCUGUUGCUUGUGAUACUGUCCGCUUGCAGUACAACAAUAAAGAUUUUGUUUCACGC